AUGGAUGAAGACGUAGAACAGUUCAUGAGCAUAACUGGCGUCGCUUCUGAGCACGUUGCUCGCGGUUACCUCGAGAUCUCAGGUGGCGACCCUAUGCAGGCCAUUCAGCUCUUUUUCGAGAAUCCCGAGUUGCAAGCAAGUUUCAAUGCGCCUACCACAUCGUCUUCUACUUCUGCGCAGCAACCUGCACCACACUCCGCCGCAAGACCAAGCCAAGCUUUCACCGGUCGCCAGGACGCCCGUGGUGUCAUCCACAUAGACUCUGAUGACGACGACAACGAUGGAGACUUACAAAUGGCCGAUAAUCCAUAUGUUGUACCCGACGAUGAUGACGAUGACGUCGCUGCCAUAGCAAGAAGCGCGCAAGAGGAAGAGGAUGCGGCCAUGGCAAGACGGCUACAAGAAGAGAUGUACUCGGAGAACCACGCAGGAGCAGAUGGAGUAAGAGCUCCUAUAGCACAAACUACCGAGACACUAGCGGCACCUGACCCAUCGUGGGGGUUGGAGGACGACCGAGAAGCUGCUGUCAUGGAGCAACUACAUCGACGACGUAGAGUCCAGGCUACCAGUGCUAACCCCUUUAGCCAGUCCUCAGUAGAUUGGUUCGACAUGGGAGAGGGCGCGAGGCCACAAAACCCACAAGGUGGCUCAGAUGCUACUACACGAAGGCUUAGAGACCUCUUCUCCCCCCCAACAGGUUUGAUGACUCGUCUACCUUUGGACAGUGCGAGGGAUGUCGGAAAGGAGGAGAAGAAGUGGAUUCUCGUCAAUCUCCAGAAGUUGGAAGAUUUCCGAUGCCAGGUCCUCAACAGAGAUCACUGGAAGAACGAGAAUAUCGUGAGUUUAGUGCGUGAGCAUUUCAUUUUCCUACAAUACACACUUGACGACCCAUUUGCUUCGUCAUACACGACGUUUUACUUCGCCAAUCAGGCGCACGAGGACGAAAACAAUUAUCCUCAUGUUUCUAUCAUUGACCCCCGCACUGGAGAGCAAGUCAAAGUGUGGUCAGGGGAGUCUUUUCCCUCCCCGGCAGAGUUCCACUCCGAUCUCGUGGAGUUUUUAGACCGAUAUAGCUUGGAGGCCAACAGCAAGAAUCCGGUGGUCAAGACGAAACCGAAAACAAAACCAAAAGACAUUAGCCGAAUGACGGAUGAGGAGAUGCUUGAGAUGGCUUUGCAAAAUAGCCUCAAUGAAGAUGGCACAUCCUCGGGACCUAGUGUCCAAGACCCGGAUGCACUCACGAAGUCAAACCCUGAUAUUGGAAAAGGAAAAGGCAAAGCAGUUGAGGAACCAACUCAAGCGCCUCUUUCUCCCCAAGCAGCGGCCGGGUCGAUCUUCUCCCAAAUAUCAGGGACUAAUCCCCACGUAGAGCCGGAGAACAACCCGGCUACUACAACUAGGAUACAAUUUCGGCAUGCGGGUGGUCGCAUCAUCCGACGAUUCUCUGUCACAGAUCCAGUACGUCGCAUAUACGAGUGGCUCAAAGCCGAACCUCUCGAGUCCAAGCAGGGCGUUCAUUUCGAGCUCAAGGCGAUGCCCGCGGGUAGAGAUCUCAUCGAGGACCUCGAGAAAACCAUUGAGGAGGCCAGUCUAAAGCAAGGCACGGUCAUGAUCGAGUUUAUUGAGGACUCGUAAGUAGUUUGCACGUUCUCGGCAAUGAAAUCACUCGCCAGGGUCACUACAAUACGGGGGGGUAACGGGUUAACAGGAGGGUUUUCUACGUGCAUCACGACGAGACAUCGUCUAUGACCAGGGGUGGCGAGAGAAUAGUGCCAUGUUAUUUAUAGAUUUAGCUGCCCACG